AUGUUGGAGACGCGGCUUCACCAUAAAGACAUAAGUAGUCGAACGUCAACAGCAAUGGACAUCACAAUUCAAAAGGGCAGCAGUCUUCCAGAGUUAAAUCGAUGCACAGACUGCUGUUCGUUGUUCCACUGUCCCUUCUGUGGACCAGCCUGGUUCCUGCCCAACAAGAAGUCCAGAGUCCAGGCUCAUAUGAAUCUCCACUUCAACAGAGCAGUCAAACAUGAAGAUUACACCAUUCACCGCUGCAGCCGCCAGUGUCGACAUCAGCCUCACUAUCACUGCAUCCACUGCGGCAACACGGUCCUGAGGAAGAGCGACUUCCAGAGGCAUUUGCAGCUAUGUAACGCCGAGAACGCGGCUGAACAACAGCCUCCAGUCAACGUAGAAGCCCCAGAGCCCAUGACCUCGACCCCAGUGCCGAAGGAACCACCGAAACCACUGAAACGCAAGAAGACGCCGACGAGAAAGGGCAUUGUCAAGAGGCCGAAGAAGUUAGACGCCAUCAAACCCGUUCGUUUGAAAAGGAAAAAGUGCGAUGACGAAGACGAGGCGAGUCCUGACACUGGAGAAGAUGAAGAAGAGGACGUUCAACGAGACGACGCUCUUCCAAAAGUCAAGAGAUGCACAGAUUGUUGCACGGAUUACCACUGUCCCCUCUGUGGCCCCAAGUGUGUGCAGCCCUGUCCGAAGGCGAAGACGGAGGCCCAGGGACACCGCCAUACUUCUAUACACUAUGAUGGCUACACAAUUCACCGCUGCCGUCACUCCUGCCGAUCAACGCCACAUUUCCACUGUCCUUACUGCGUCCAGACGGUCAUAAGAACGUACGACUUUAAGUUGCAUUUGAAAACGUGCAAAACCAAAGACUCAUCGGCCCCCGCUUCGCUGCCGCCUUCAGCCGCAGAAGAAAGCUCAGAGUCCAUCAGCAAAACCACUCCCAAAAGGGUCGUGCGACGGUUUAGGAGAGACGCCACUCGCCUGACGUGCUCUGCUGUCCAAGAAUAUGAAAAACCUUCUGAAACUGUGCAUAUUUCAGUUCAAAAAGGUGAUUCUCUUCCAGACCUUCAGAAGUGCUCUGCGUGCAACAAUUUCCACUGUCCGUUCUGCUCCCCUAAAGCCUUACAGCCGACCAAGAAGUCACGGAUCGAGGGUCACCUGAAGACACACUUACACAGCGCAGUGAGAUAUACAGAUACCACCAUCCACCGUUGUCGCCUCCUGUGUCGAGGCCUCUCUCACUACCACUGCUGCUUCUGUAACUCCACCAUCCUCAGAACCAUGGAUUUUGUCCGACAUUUAGAACUGUGCAAAAGCAAAGACCAGUCGUCCGUAGUAACCGCAACGCCUUUAGAUUCCCCGGGUCUUGACGUCUCCGAACUCGCCAUUGCAUCAUUCAAAAACCGUAGACUGACGCUGAAAGACGCACCCAAGCGACUCCAACGCGCCAAGUGCCCCAAAUGCCAAGUCGUGUGUUUUAAGAAAAAUCUGAAAAAGCACAUGGAACGCUGGCACUCGCUACAAGAGUCCGAUAUCUCGUCCACAUUGAAGAGCGAGUGUGUCGAUCCGCAGAACGGCAUCUACGCGGUCCACAACGUCAUCUGCGGUGUUUCGCGGCCGCUCCACGUCCAGAUUAUCAUGCAGGGAGAGACCGAAUGCGUGGCGUGCGAUUCCACCUUGUGCCAACGCAAGCUAGAGCUGGCGCGCGCCGAGCUAAAGUCGUGCAAAUGCAAGCACCUCCAGGCCGUGGCGAAUUGUAGGACUUUUCUGUCUCCGGUCGAUCUCCCUCAAGCCUCUCUGACAGAAAUGGCAAAGAGAAAAGUAGUCGGGAAGAGUAAGAUUAAAAUGUGCGUGGAUCGGCAAGUGCAAGCCACGCAACACAACGUCCCGCUUUCGGUCCAGCUGUUGCUAGGCGAACCGACGUCCAAGAAGUUCGUCUCAGUCUACGAGCCAAAUAUAUUCAUCUACAGCCGCCUGCGAAGGGUGAUCGUGUCGUAUAACGAGCGCCGAAACGUCUGGUACUGUCCUUGCUCCACCACCAAGAAAACCUGCGGCCACAAACACGUCGCGCGGUGGCAUUUGUUCCAAACCGAGCCAAAUCUGUUCAACAGCAGCAGCAGGGAACCGAGUCCUAGCAAGCCGCGCAAAACGCCAACCAAGACGCCGUCCGGGAAGAGGCGAGCCAAGGCCAAGCCGCUCGUGGAGAAAGCUGGAGGCGAAGUGGAGAGUGAUGUUGAAGAUACGCCGUUGGAAAGUAUUGAGACGAUGGAAGCGAUUGAAUCCAUCGAGUCGAUAGUGGCGGCAAUGGAGACCAGUGUGAGCGCGGCCACCUACCCGCCCAAGGACGUGCAGAUGAUAAAGAGCAUGGUGCAGUUUCUCCUCUUGAACAAACGGAUCCCUGCGCUACUCCCCGAUCACCUGUCUCUGCCCGUGGAUAAGGACUACCCUCAACACCUCAUCCCCGCAGAGACAAACUGCCUCUACUGCGCCGACGGGAUCGCCCUGAGCCAACCGGUCCUCAUCACGCCCAAGGCCAAGAUCCUGAUGUACUCCAGGAUUCUCCAAGAUGUUUCCACGUAUUAUAAAUUCUGCCCUCGCUGCGGAGUCCCGUACCGCUACCAGGAGUGGGGAGAAGGUCUGCACAACUUCAACGAUCACCUGCUCCUGGAUCUGCCCCUUUGUCUCAUGAUCCGCAACACGCUGCAGGCCCAGACCACUUUUGGACAAAUCGUGGAGUCGUUGAAGGCGAACAAAGGCGCUGCUUUCCCUUCGCCGGACGCUCUGCUGCAGGCGUACCUACACUUCGAGGCCCUCACCGACACUCAGAACCAGUACUCCUGCGUCACCUACGGCACCCGGCCCCCGGUGGUCGUCAGCGAACUCCACAACAAGGCCUUCCACAUGACAGGCAGAGACUUAGCAGAACCAACAACAAACGUGAGUGGACCAGGAGACAUGGACCACCUGUGGAAGGCCCUGAGGGAGGAGCGAGUGGCACGAGGACUGGUGUUCGGGACCAAGAAACCUGUUUUAUACACAAUCAUGUGA